AUGGCGGACAAGAUCAAGAGGGAGAUUUCCAACUUCUUCUUUGAGUAUGACACCCCUAGGAUGGUCCUAGUCCGGGACAAGAAAGUCGGCUUGACCUUCAGACUCAUCCAGUUUGGAGUCCUGUGCUACAUCCUGGGGUGGGUGUUCUUGUAUGAAAAAGGCUACCAAGAUGUAGAUGACAUCAUCAGUUCAGUCUCCAUAAAAUUAAAAGGAUUAGCAGUUACCAAUCUUCCAGAUCUAGGAACAGAGAUCUGGGAUGUAGCGGAUUAUGUGUUCCCUCCACAGGGAGACAGCUCUUUUGUUGUGAUGACUAACUUCAUUAUUACUCCAGAACAACAGAUGAAAACAUGCAAUGAGCUCCCUGAUUUAGCACCAUGUAAAACCAAUGAAGAUUGCACAGCCACUUCUUUUCGUCAAAGUCAAGGAGUCCUCACAGGAAAUUGCACAUUUUAUGACAACGAUACCAAAUCUUGUGAGGUCUAUGCUUGGUGCCCUGUGGAGAAUGACCUCACAGUCCCUAAUCCUCCAUUAUUGCUGCAAGCAGAAAAUUUCACAUUAUUUAUCAAAAACAGCAUCAAUUUUCCAAAACACAAAGUUAAUAGACAGAAUUUAGUGGAAUCAGUAACCAGUGAUUAUCUGAAGAAAUGUGUCUACCAUAAAGAUACAGACCCACUUUGUCCCGUUUUUCGACUUGGAUAUAUCGUGGAGCAAACAGGACAGAAUUUCCGUGACAUAGCCUAUAAGGGAGGGACGAUUAGCAUUAUAAUCGACUGGAUUUGUGAUCUGGAUUGGCCACUGAAAUACUGUAAACCCACAUAUAGCUUCCAUGGACUCAAUGAUGAGAACUCAGCCUCACAGGGCUUUAACUUCAGGCAUGCAAGGUACUACAAAGAUAAUGAUGUAAAGAAAAGAACAUUAUUCAAGGUCUUUGGUAUUCGCUUUGACAUCUUGGUAAAUGGAGAGGGAGGAAAAUUUAAUAUAAUCCCAACAAUGACAACAAUAGGUUCAGGAAUUGGUAUUUUUGGAGUGGCAACUGUUGUAUGUGACCUAAUGUUAUUGCAUGUACUUCCCAAACGGAACUACUACAAGGAGAAAAAAUUUAAGUAUGCAAAAAAUGAAGAAAAGAAAACUUUAAAUAAAGAAGAUGGAACAGGCUGUUCGAAUGACAGUCAACAAGACUUCCCCCAAAACUCUGGGAUUCCUGUAGCAACACCUGCCAGUUAA